CUCGGGGCACCGUGUGGGAGCGGGAGCGGCGGCGGCCGCGGGGCGCUGGGGCCGAGGCAGGCGCUGGGCUGCGGCUGCAAUCGGUGCGUUGCCCCUUUAAUUGUGUCCCCAGCCCUCGGGCGUCUCUGUCCAACGCCCACGUCAGCAAAUACCUUUUGUUUCUCUCCCGUUCGGGCUCGCAGGGCUCGGGGCUGCGGGAGCAGCGGCGCCUCCAGGCACGGCGAGCCCCGAGGCGGGGCCGGGGAUCCCGCAGCCACCGCCCGCUCCCCCCGGCUCGGCGGCCGCCGCCCGCAGCACCCCGCCGCGAACCUUCCUCUUCCUCCCCGCCUGGAAUGGAGAUUUCUUCCCACCAGUCUCACCUCCUGGAGCAGCUGAACGAGCAGCGGAAGCAGGACUUGUUCUGCGACUGCAACAUCCUGGUGGAGGGCAAGGUCUUCAAAGCCCAUCGCAAUGUGCUGUUCGCCAGCAGCGGCUACUUCAAAAUGCUCCUUUCGCAGAGCUCCAAGGAGACGAGUCAGCCAACGAUAGCCACGUUCGAGGUCUUCUCUCCAGAGACGUUCAUGGUUAUCCUGGACUUUGUGUAUUCAGGGAUAUUGUCUUUAACGGGUCAGAAUGUGAUCGAGGUCAUGUCGGCCGCCAGCUACUUGCAGAUGACAGACAUCCUCAAUGUCUGCAAGACCUUCAUUAAGUCCUCGUUGGAUAUUAAUGAGAAGGAGAAGGAUCAUUACCUCAGCCUCUCGGCCAAAAGUGUGAGCACUGAGCCUACCCCCGCCCGCCCGGCUCUUUAUCGCUCCAGAAGGAAAGCUAAGAGCAACCCCCGGCGUUCCUACUCCAUCCCGGAUGAAAAACCCAACGGGAAUGAGAACUCGUGGGGCAAUUACAGCAGCUACCUGUCCUCAGAGGAGAUCCUGCAGCGGGCAGACACGCAGCUGUCCAGAAGGGGAAGGAAGCAGAGCUCCACCAGAAGGCGCCGCAAGCACCUGGGGCUGGCGCAGAGCCGGGAGCUGGCAGGGGGCAAAGCGGACAGGGCGGAGCGAGCCGCAGCCCCGGAUCCUCCUCACAUCCCCCGAGGAGGAGAGGCCGAGUCCGAGGCCGAGUUUGAUGCUGAGAACGACGUGGAUGGGGGUGAUUUUGGAUAUCCCGGAGCAGAGGCUGUACGCAAGAGGUGGUCGGUUACUCAGCUAGAACAAGAACUUUCCAGAAGCCCUGAGUUCAUGGAGUUAAAGGCUGAAGAACUGUACACGUCAAUGCCCACGAUUUUAGGGGUAAUGAGUAGCUGGAAUGAAGGUGACCUGCCGCGGAUGCGGUUCAAGUGCCCGUUCUGCACGCACACGGUGAAGCGGCGCGCGGACCUGAAGCGCCACCUGCGGUGUCACACCGGGGAGCGGCCGUACCCCUGCGAGGCGUGCGGGAAGAGGUUCACCCGCCUGGAGCACCUCCGCAACCACUUCCAGACGAUCCACCAGGCUGGCAAGCUGAUCUGCAGGAAGUGCAAGCGGCAGGUGACGGAGCUGACGGGCUGCGUGGUGCAGCAGGGCACGCGGCGCUACAGACUGUGCCACAAGUGCUUGGCACAGGCCAGCCUGGACAGCAUCCCCGAGGAUUUCAGUGCUCCAGGACAUUCCCCUGUCCCCUCUGCGGGACACAAACGGCCCAGACGGGCUUUGGAGGAGGAGCAGAAAUCAGAUGGAGAGACAGAGGAGGAGCAGCCCUAUGAUUUGGUUGUUCGGCACAAUAAUGAGGAUAUUCCUGAGGAGGUAAAGGAAAAGGUGAAGCCCAAUCUGAGGUAGAUUUUGGUGAAUUUGUCAUUGUCGCGUUCAAGAUUGAAUGAUUUGUGUCCUACCAACUAAUGCUGGGUUAUUGCUUUUAAUAAAAUGAAGUAUUGCUGAAA